AUGGACAAGCUUAAGUUUGAUGUGCCAAAGUUGCCAGGAUGGGUCUCUGCUCUGAUAAAAGUUGGAGUUCUUGGAGGAGGUCAGAGAGCUGCUGUAUUCAAUCGUAUUGUUGGUGUGAAGAGAAGUGUUUCAGAUAUUCUACAUCAGAAAUGCCUCCUAAAAUAUGCUGAUAUUUGCUGUUUCAUUCUUUCAACCAAGGACUGCAAAACAAUCAUAAUGAUGGACCCAACUUCUGUGUACCCUGAAGGAACUCAUUUUCUGAUUCCCUGGUUUGAAAGACCCACAAUUUAUGAUGUUCGUGCACGUCCCUAUAUUGUUGAGGGUACUUCGGGCAGCCAUGAUCUCCAAACGGUUAACAUAGCUCUUCGCAUUCUUACGCGCCCUGUGGCAGAUCAACUACCAACCAUCUAUCGAAGCCUUGGUGAAAACUUCAAUGAACGGGUCCUGCCGUCUAUAGUUCAUGAAACUCUGAAGGCCGUUGUUACUCAGUACAAUGCAAGCCAGCUCAUAACUCAAAGAGAGACUGUCAGUCAGGAGAUUCGAAGCCUUUUGAUUAAAAGAGCAGCUUCCUUUAACAUCGCACUUGAUGAUGUGUCUAUAACUAGUCUGACUUUUGGAAGGGAAUUUACUGCUGCAAUCGAGGCAAACCAAAUAGCUGCACAAGAAGCUGGGAGGGCUAAAUUUGUUGUGGAAAAAGCUGAACAGGAGAAGAAAAGUGCAAUAAUCAGAGCACAGGGUGAAGCCGCGAGUGCAGAGCUAAUUGGUAAAGCUACCGCAGAAAACCCUUCAUUUAUCAAACUUAGAAGAAUUGAGGCUUCAAAGGAUGUUGCUCAAACAAUAUCAAACUCUGCUAAUCGCGUGUACUUGAAUUCAGAUGACCUGUUGCUCAACCUUCAGGGAAUGAACUUGUCCACCUCUAGUCUGAUCGAGAAAAUGAAUUGCGAAGGAUCUCAGCUUUUCUUAAUUUGGGGGAUCUUUAGCUAAUAGCAGUGUAUCAUUGAGGGACUCUUGCAACUUUUCCAAAUUCUGGGAUGUCUAGACAGGAGAGUACAAAACCACGUUUGGGUAAAUCGUACAUGUUUGCUAUCUGAAUCUAGAGUAGAUUGGGGGGGGCUUUUUCUAUUUCCUCACCGUCGCAUGGCAUAGUUGGACUUUGUAUCUUGAACCCGGUUCUGCAUUGUCAUGCUUUUCCUUGUUAUGUGGGGCUGUGGAGUUGUAUAACGGAAUGGGAAAGGCACAUAAGAUGGAAGUCAAAAGUUUGAAGGAUAGCAAUUAGAAGUGUGUUUGGCGUGGUUUUUCAUAUCUCAUGUCCCAAAGACUUGUUCCACCCCAAAUUCAAGGUUGUCCUUCGGAGAACAAAAAUGAUCUGAACCCAAACACUUGGGACCAGGAGCAACUCUCGCUUCUUGAUCCUUUGUGGCCUUGGAUUAAAUGCCAUCUAUGUGCUUGUGGUGGGCACUCUUUUGACCAAGUUUUAUCUCUAUUUCCAUACGUUAGGUCGAUAGAUUCAUUGAAGACAAGAAGACGGCUCGUGGAGGCCCAAAA